CAGAUCUGGACACAAUGCUGUAUGGCUACACCAAUGGUAUAUACGUCCUAGAUCAUACGCCUGAAUCCAUGCCGGACAUGGAUAUGCUCCAACUCUUUGCAUCUCCAGCAGGCCGAGCUUUAGUCACUGAAGAUAAUCACAGCCGACGACGUGGGACGACAUCAACGUCCUCAUUAUCCCGAGAAUCAUCACGAUUAAAAAAUUCACGUAGAACUAGUACGACAAUAACCAGUCUCAGCACUCAACCAUCUGGCACACCAAGUCCACCUCCUAGGCAACGAAAAUCCAGUGCUGAGCUCUACAAAGAAGCUGUUGAAAUUCUAGGCCUCACGUGUUCGCUCACCGACAGCUGCCGAUGCAUCGAGUGUCAAAGCAAUUACUUUGACUGCGACGAUGACUGCGGAGACGCAAGAACCGAAUUGGCAGCCGGUACACCGAUACUACUGGAUCACGCUUUGUCCCAUCCACUUACGUGCUCCAUACAGUAG